AUGUCUCCGAUUCGCAUUGGGUUCGUUGGCCUCUCUACCCAAGGGUGGGCAGCCUUCAUGCUCGCGCCCUCGCUUCUGCAGUCGCCACUCUCGGAUCAGUAUGCUCUCGCCGCUGUCUCGACCAGUAACCCACACUCUGCCCAAGCCAGCGCAAAAAAAUAUUCCGACUUGGCGAAAGGGCCCGUGAAGGCGUACCAUAGUUCCACCGCCCACAUAGCCGGAGACGGCGAUGUCGAUAUGAUCGCUAUAGCAGUGAAAGCGACCGACCACAAAGCUGCAGCUCUGCCAGUAAUUCAGGCAGGAAAGGACUUUUUUCUCGAAUGGCCCGCAGGGCGCGGUCUCCGAGAAACGCGAGAAAUAGCAGACGCCGCCAGAAGCGCCCGGAUAAGGACCAUGGUUGGAUUGCAAGGAAGGCAGAGUCUCGUCAUAAGGGAGAUCAAAAGAAUCAUUGUUUCUGGGAAAAUAGGACGCGUUUUAUCGUCGACCGUAACUGCGCGCCCUGCCAGGGAGCCGUAUUAUUGGGGCCCUUACAUCGGCGAACGUAACCAGUAUACGGCUACAGUGGAGAACGGUGCGACAAUGCUGGAUAUAGCAGUCGGUCAUUUCCUCGAUUCGUUCAUGUUCACCCUCGGCCCAUUCUCAUCAGUAUCUGCCAUACUGGAGAAUCAGUUCCCGACUGCACAGCUCGUCGACGGGUCAGGAAGCCCUACCGGCGUGUCCAUUGAACAGACAGGGUGUUCGCAGGCAGCAAUAUCUGGUGUGCUGAAGAGCGGAGCCGUCGUGAGCAUUCAUUGGCGUGGGGGUCUCGAGAGCAAGCAUGGUAAGGACGGGACACCGUUCAUAUGGACGAUUGACGGCGAGAGCGGAUCCAUCCGCGUCGAGAGCAGCGAACCUGGAGGCAGCUUUCUCCAUAUCCGUGACCCCGUAUUGUACGUCGAUGGGCAGGAAGUGAAGCUGGAGAGGAACGACGGCAUGAGCAAUACUGGAAGAGCGUGGGCGGAGUAUGCGAAUGGUAAUCACGGGCUUUACCCGACCAUAGACGACGCAGUUGAGGUAAAGACACUGCUGGAAGCUAUUGUUGGUAGUGCGCGGGAUGCCUGUGUUGUACACUUGUGA